AUGUCAAAAAAGUCAAAUUCCUCUGACUUUGUUACGCAAAAUCAACGUUCAUUUGCCAAAAAAUUGACUCGUAGCGUUAAUAAAAGUAAAAAUAAAGUAAUACUCCAAUCGUCUGAGAGAGAAAUUUCUGAGGAACGAUUAGUGCAUUUUGAUACUGAGGAGGAAAAGGAAAAGGAAAAAGAAAAGGAAAAGGAAAAGGAAAAGGAAAAGGAAAAGGAAAAGGAAAAGGAAAAAGAAAAUAAGACCCGAAAAUCUAAAUCCUUGAAGCAAAAAAAUACAUUCCCUCAGCUUAUUCCAAAAAAAGAAGUUGACAGACUUUUAAAAAAUCAAAAUUCCAGUGAUACACAAUAUGUAGAAGGAUAUUUGCGUGUUAACCCUAGGUGUCAUAAAUAUGCUUAUCUAUCUUUAUCCGAUGAACAGUGUGACCUAUUAAUUGUUGGCUUAAGGGAUAGAAAUCGAGCCUUUGAUGGUGAUUUUGUUAUAGCAUGUAUAAAUCAGCCAGAAAAGUGGCAAAUUCAUCAGGGACAGAAGCAAAAGACGGGUGUUAUUGUUUGUAUAAAAAAAAAAAUACAUCCAAGGAAAACAGUCGGAUGUUUCAAACUAUUUGGUACAUCUACAUUUUUCUAUCCUAGAGAUCAUCGUGUACCAUUAAUUAAGAUAAGUAAAAAAUCAUUACAGCAGUUUGCUGUAUCUGCAAGUAACUAUGAAGACACAUUAUAUCUAGUUGUUAUAACUGAUUGGUUGGAACCACGAUUUGCAAUUGGGAAAAUUGAGAAGAUAAUUGGAAGUACUCGUGAUAUAAGAGCAGAAUCAAAUGCAAUAUUACUUGAACAUGAUUUAGAUGUAACACCUUAUGGUCCAGAUGUAACAAAAGGGCUUCCAAAGGGCGAUUAUGCUUUAACAGAAAAUGAUAUAAAGGACAGGGAGGACUGGAGACAUGAAUGCAUAUUUACUAUUGAUCCCCACACUGCGGUUGAUUUAGAUGAUUCAGUGUCUUGCAAACUUUUAGAAAAUGGAAACUAUGAAAUUGGCGUGCAUAUAUCAGAUGUCACUCAUUAUAUGGAAUUCUUAUCUCCAUUAGAUAUUCAAGUUUCAAAACGAGCAAUAACUGUAUAUAUGACAGAUAAUGUAUAUCAUAUGCUACCAAAACAAUUAUGUCAAGUAUGUUCUUUGUCACCUGGCCAGGAUAAAUUGACUUUUUCUGUUAUCUGGGAAAUGACAAAAGAUGCGCAAGUUGUUAAACAUCGUUUUGCUAAAACUGUAAUAAAAUCAUGCUGUCAAAUGGCUUAUCACCAUGCCCAGAAAUUUAUUGAAAAUCCAGAAAAUAAUUGGCCAGAUAAUUUUUUAAAUAUAAAUGGAAAUUUUAGUAUUAGUGAUUUAUCAAUAAAAGUAAACAUUUUACACAAUUUAGCUACUCAAUUGCGUAAUAAAAGAUUUCAAAAUGGCGCACUACAAAUUGAUCUACCAAAAUUAUGUCUUAAGAUUGAUAGAAUUACAGGUUUACCAAUAUCAUUUAAUCUAGAAGAACGACAAGAUAGUAAUAGACUUAUAGAAGAGUUUAUGUUAUUAGCUAAUAUAACAGUUGCUACACAUUUGCAUAAUAUGAUUCCGGAGACAGCUUUAUUACGCAACCAUAGAGAGCCCUCUAUGUAUAUUCUCAAUGUAACUAAAGAUACUUUGCAAAGUUUUGGUAUACAUUUAGAUAUUAAAUCAUCUGCAUCUUUGCAUACUACUAUUAAAUGCUAUGAACAAGAAACAGAAACUGAAAAUGAUGAAACAAAAAUGAUAAUGAAAUCUAGGAUGAUGGUUAUCAACAAUCUUUGUUCCCGAGCUAUGACUCGAGCGACCUAUAUAUGUUCAUCUACAGUGAAAACAGAAGAAGAAUUGAGGCAUUACGCUUUAAAUGUGUCAUUUUAUACGCACUUUACCUCUCCAAUUAGACGAUAUUCUGAUUGUGUGGUACAUCGUUUACUUUAUUCAACAAUAAAAAAUGUAGAGCUGCCCAAAAGAUGGUGUAAAACAUUAUGCAAGUCAAUAGCGGAAAAUUGUAAUAUAAAGAAGUAUAGCGCAAAAAUGGCUCAAGAACGAAGUAAUGAAUUGUACUUUACAUACUUGAUAGAUUUAAGGGGUCCUAUUGUUACAAUAGGUAUCGUGCUGAGCAUAAAUGAAAAUUUUAUAGAUGUUAUACUGUGUCAACUUGGUAUCAAAUUACGAAUUACUUUCACGCAAUUGGAAAAUUUGGCGCUUGUUGAAUAUUCUACAAAAUGUUCUAUAUCAACGAUAAAUAUUUCUUGGAAACAACCUACUGUUACUCAGGUAAUAAAUAUUUUUAGUUUAUUAUAUUUAAGACUCGAGAAGCAUCCUAAAUUCUUUCAACUAAUUGGUAAUCUUUUACCACCAAAUCAGGAAAUAGAAUCAUAGUUCGCUGAAUCGUAUUGUCGCACUUGAACUAUAAAUUAUGUUUGAAAAUAAUCAUUGUAAAAAUAUUUUUAUCUUUAUAUACCUUUAUAUACAAGUGGUACUUGGGUUAUAUAUACAUAUAAGUGUGUGCAUGUGUGUGUGCGCGCGCGUGUAAUAAGUAUAUAAGCUACACUAGGCAUGUACUUACGCUGGCACGC